GAGAAGGGCACGCUUACCCUACACUUCACUACCAAAUUCCAAAUGGCCCUCUACUACUCCUCUCUUUUCUUCAACCCUGCAGUCACUCCCGCCAUCCAACCCUCUAACACUCCUCUCUUGCUCACCCCAAUCCGUAUCCUACGCCUCCGCCAUUCGAAACCCUUCUCCCAAUUCACCUUAGCAAAACCUCCCCGAGCCUCGCCGCCACACAAGUACACGUACCCGGACCCCAUUCCAGAAUUCGCUGUAGCUGAGACACAGAAGUUCAGGUCUGAGCUUGUGAGGAAGCUUUUGAAGGACAAGGAUACAUUCGGGGAUGACCUUGAUGAGGUCAUAGAUGUCUGUACAGAGAUAUUUAGUGAAUUCUUGCACAAGGAGUAUGGAGGACCAGGGACAUUAUUGGUGGAGCCUUUCACAAAUAUGUUGGUUGCUCUCAAGCAGAAACGGUUACCUGGAGCACCUUUGGCUGCAAGGGCAUCCCUGUUAUGGGCACAAAACUACGUCGAUCAGGACUGGGAAGUUUGGAACUCCAACCUACCGAAUUGAUUUCUCUUCAUAAUUUUAUAUUUCUAAAAGUCAAAAUUCCAUGUUGUAAUUAAACUCAUGGUCAUUGGGACGAACUCACAAGAAAAGGUCGAGGCAAGUUCUGUAUAUUUUUCAAAAUAUCACUUUCAAUACAGUAAGCGCCCCUUUUGUA